AUGCAGCCGGCAAUGAUGAUGUUUUCCAGUAAAUACUGGGCAAGGAGAGGGUUUUCCCUGGAUUCAGCGGUGCCUGAAGAGCAUCAGCUACUUGGCAACUUAACAGUAAAUAAAUCUAACUCUGGCAAAAAUGAUGAUAAAAAAGGCAACAAGGGAAGCAGCAGAAGUGAAACUGCUCCUGACAGUGGCAAGACGGCGGUCGUGUUCUCCCUGCGGAACGAAGUGGGUGGGUUAGUAAAGGCAUUGAAACUCUUCCAGGAAAAGCAUGUCAACAUGGUUCAUAUUGAGUCCAGGAAAUCCCGGCGAAGAAGUUCAGAGGUUGAAAUCUUCGUGGAUUGUGAGUGUGGCAAAACAGAAUUCAAUGAGCUCAUUCAGUUGUUGAAAUUUCAAACCACAAUUGUGACAUUGAAUCCACCAGAGAACAUUUGGACAGAGGAAGAAGAGCUAGAGGAUGUGCCCUGGUUCCCCCGGAAGAUCUCGGAGUUAGACAAAUGCUCUCACAGAGUUCUCAUGUAUGGUUCUGAGCUCGAUGCCGAUCACCCAGGGUUUAAGGACAACGUCUAUAGACAGAGAAGAAAGUAUUUUGUGGACGUGGCCAUGAGUUAUAAAUAUGGUCAGCCCAUUCCCCGGGUGGAGUACACAGAGGAAGAAACGAAAACGUGGGGUGUUGUGUUCCGGGAGCUCUCCAGACUCUAUCCCACCCACGCUUGCCAGGAGUAUCUGAAAAACUUCCCUCUGCUGACCAAAUACUGUGGCUACAGGGAGGACAACGUGCCUCAGCUGGAAGACGUCUCCAUGUUUCUGAAAGAAAGGUCUGGCUUUGCAGUGAGGCCUGUGGCUGGGUACCUGAGCCCACGAGACUUCCUGGCAGGACUGGCCUACAGAGUGUUCCACUGCACUCAGUACGUGCGGCACAGCUCGGACCCCCUCUACACCCCGGAACCAGACACAUGUCAUGAGCUCUUGGGACACGUUCCACUACUUGCAGACCCUAAGUUUGCUCAGUUUUCACAAGAAAUAGGCCUGGCAUCUCUGGGAGCAUCAGAUGAAGAUGUUCAGAAACUAGCAACGUGCUAUUUCUUCACCAUCGAGUUUGGCCUUUGUAAGCAGGAAGGACAGCUGAGGGCGUACGGAGCGGGGCUGCUGUCCUCCAUCGGAGAGCUGAAGCACGCUCUUUCUGACAAGGCGUGUGUGAAAGCCUUCGACCCGAAGACCACGUGCUUGCAGGAGUGCCUCAUCACCACCUUCCAGGAAGCCUAUUUUGUCUCUGAAAGUUUUGAAGAAGCCAAAGAAAAGAUGAGGGAAUUUGCGAAGUCAAUUACUCGGCCCUUCUCAGUACACUUCAAUCCCUACACACAGAGUGUUGAAGUUCUGAAAGACAGCAGAAGUAUUGAGAGCGUCGUGCAGGACCUCCGCAGCGACUUGAAUACAGUGUGUGAUGCCUUGAACAAAAUGAACCAGUAUCUGGGGGUUUGA